AAGUGGACCAGUCGACAUUUUAAAAAUAGACCCCAAUCUGAGAGAAUUUGAGGUAUUGAUUUGGAAUAAUUCGUGGAAACCACGCAUUGUCUUUCUCAUCUAACAAAACUGAACGAGGGAGGUUAGAAUCCCUUCAACUGAAAUCUUACGACCGCAUUCAAAGAUGAGCAGUCAGUACCAGCGCAGUGUUCCUCUAGAGGUGAGGAGAGCAGAGGGGGAGAGAGUCAGAGCCAAACACCCCGACAAAAUACCAAUCAUUGUUGAGAGAGCGGCCAGGUCGCGAGCGCCCGAACUAGACAAGAAGAAAUACCUGGUCCCCUCUGAUCUGACAGUGGGCCAGCUCUGUUUCCUGAUCAGACAGCGUGUGUCAAUGAGACCAGAGGAAGCCCUCUUCUUUUUCGUCAAGAACUCUCUUCCUCCAUCCAGUUUACCUCUCUCUGUCGUUUAUGAGGAACACCAUGAAGAAGACCUGUUCCUCUACAUGACUUACAGCAACGAGAGUGUGUACGGAGCCUGAGAGAGGAGGAGAGAGGGAGAGAGUGCGUUUGUGGAGCCUGAGAGAGGAGGAGAAGAAAAGAGGAAGAGGGAAGGAAGGAGGGGGGGGGAAAGAAGAAGUGGUGUAUUUUCUGUUUUUUUUCCCACUGUUCAUAACCGAGUGGUUAAAUAAGUGUACAGUGUAGUGGGUCAGCUAGAGGGCGCUGUUCAUUUCUGUUAGUGUUUUUUUGGGGGGAGUGACCAUAACAUAUAUCAUUCUCAUGUGGUGUGAUGGGAAAAAAAAUAUUGUAAAAAAAAAAAAAAAAAAAACACAGGAUUUGAGAGAUGGAUAGAGCAGAGAUAAGAGGAGAGUGGAUAAAAGA